AUGCCGAUGGUAGGAACACUUAUGAGUUCAAGACGUUCAAGUGAAAGUAGCGGUUCUGUUGAUAGUGAAGUAAUAUUAGAAGCUGAACGCUUAGAAUUAGAACGUUUAGCUUUAAAAGAACUUGAGUUAUCAAUUUCUAAACCAGUAGCUUUUUCAGUUAGAACUAAUAUCAGUUUUGAUGGUGGAUUAUACGGUUUGGAUGCUCCUUCACCGACUAGAGUUGUCAGUUUCAGUGUGAAAGAUUUUCUACACAUUAAAAAGCGUUUCAAUCAAGAUUGGUGGAUUGGUCGAGUUGUACGAAUAGGCAGUCCAAUUGGUUUUAUACCAAGUCCAUCAAAACUUGAAGUUAUCAAUAAUAUGAUUUCACCGGCUAAUACAAAUGUAGUACAUUUUGCUAGUGAAAUACAAAAUCCUACAGGGAAAUCAGUAGCUGUUGGAGGCUUUGGAUCAGCAGAUACAACAUUAGAACGUGGUGGGAAUCGUGGACUGUUACUAGCUAACGAUGUAGACCAUCGUGGACCAAUUUUGGGUGGUAAUCGGCAACGACAAUCUGAAUCACCUCCAGGACAUAAGAAUUGGAAAGAUACUGACGGAUAUGAUGAUGAUGAUCUACGUGAAGGACCACAGACUACUGAAGUGUCAGGGCAAACAAAUACAAAGAAACCACAGCCUAUUGGACCUGGAGUUAAAAAGAAGGCAUUCUCAAAAAAAAUGAAUUAGUACCACCGUAUGAGAUUGUUCCGUGUAUGCGACCGGUUGUAUUCGUUGGUCCAGCUUUAAAAGGUUAUGAAGUGACAGAUAUGAUGCAGAAG